AUGGAUGAAAAUUUGAGCCGAGGCUAUGUGCAGUUAGGAAAAGCGAGGGGCAUGAAUGAAUUUAAAUUCUCCAAUGGAUUCACACAUUUGUCUCCUCCAGUCGACAAAUGCAACUUCAUUUACUUUGCCCUUAUACUUGGCGGUAUAGGAUUUCUCUUACCAUACAACAGUUUUAUCAUAGCAGUGGACUUUUUUCAAGCGAGAUAUCCCGGGACUACCGUAAUAUUCGAUAUGUCAGUCGUCUAUAUUAUUAUGGCCUUUUUCGCGGUUUUUGCAAAUAAUAUUUUGAUUGAAACGUUAUCUUUAAAUACGCGAAUAACUUUCGGAUAUCUAGUAGCCUUUGCUACUCUAAAUUUUGUUGUGAUAUCCGAGAUCUGGUGGGAGCCUUUUGACGUGGCUACUUCUUACACGAUUAAUUUAGUCAUCGUUGCGAUAGUAUCGCUCGGCUGCACCGUCCAACAAUCAAGCUUUUACGGGUACACUUCCAUGCUUCCCAGUCGAUACACACAAGCUGUGAUGAUUGGAGAAAGCAUUGCCGGUCUUUGGGUCUCUAUCAAUCGGUUAUUAACCAAAUCUUUGCUGGACGAUGAACGCAGCAAUACAUCCAUGUUUUUUUUUGUAUCGAACAGCACGAUCCUGAUGUGCUUCGUAUUAAAUCAAAAAGUUCGCAAGACUGAUUUCGUGCAGUUUUACAUAACAUUGUGUCAAGAAAGGAAUCGUAUCACGUUAGAGCCAACGGAAGAUGUUGGUUUAAUGGAUCCAUUGGAUCAGAUUGGAGAUCCCUCGAAAGGUCAGUAUGGCGUUCUAAAGAUUCAAACUAGCCCCCUAGGAAAUGAAUCCACGAGCGGAAAUACCGAGUUAAAUGGGAUAAAUCAAUAUUCGCCGUUUUCGUUCAGUAAUCCUGUAUACGAACCUGGUGCACCAUCAGGAAAUCCCCCAGGCAGUGCUGGUCCUACGUAUAAAGUCGAAGAUGUAGUCGUUAUGAGGGGUACAUAUGGAACUCAAGCCAGUAAACCGUGGCCUGAAAUCAAAAAGGGUUUACUUGCAAGAUUCGAAGUGGCAAAAAUAAUAUUCCCAUACAUGGGCAGUAUUGGAUUAGCAUACUUUGUGACACUUUGUUUAUACCCUGGAAUUAUGUCAGAAAUUAUUUCUUGUAAACUUGGAUCGUGGAUGCCAGUAAUUUUGAUGACUGCUUUCAACGCUUCUGAUGUGAUUGGCAAGAUGCUUGCAAUGAUCCCUUACGAUUGGAAACGCACUCAAUUAUUAUUGUUCUCCAGUGUUAGAGUUGUAUUGAUUCCUUUAUUUUUACUUUGUGCGUUACCUAGAAGAACUCCAAUACUUGCUAAUGAAGGAUAUCCACUGUUGCUUUCUUGUUUGCUCGGUGUUACAAAUGGUAUCGUUGGUUCCAUUCCAAUGAUGCAGGCACCUACUAAAGUACCAGAAGGACAUCGAGAAUUAGCAGGUAAUAUCAUGACUUUGUCAUAUACUACAGGUUUGACAGUGGGCUCGUUAUUCGCAUACAUAUUGGACACUCGUUUCGAGUUACCAGUUCAGUCGAAAGACGUGUGUUACAAAGCACCAAGCUUAACAUCAAUACCAUUUAACAAUACGACACCAAACAGUUUGACAGAUGUUACGUUUUUCACGUUAUUCACAUUGACAGAAAACGUCACAUCGAAGGUAAAUACUACCGUUACCGUUUUAUCAAAUUUUUUAUCAACAUCUAGCUUGAUGUCCAAUAAUACAGUUAGUUCGUUAACCACCGGUAUGACGGAAUCUUCCACCAUAUCGCCGAAAAUUUCCUUUAACGUUACCACCUCGGUGAAUAAUGCAAUUUUGCAACACUAGGACAUGGAAAAUUGUGUGCUGUGUUGAAUCUGCGUGGUGUUCUGCAUGGAUAAAAUUUCUAGGAGAUCAAUUACAAGUAGGAAUUUUAUUUAUUUACAAUUAGUUUCUUUACAUCGUUUUUUAAAACAUAUCAAUCAAAUCAGAGAGUAUAAUUUUUACAUAAAAAUUUUAAUUCAAUAGAUUCAAUUAAAAUGAAUCACAAAAUCAACCAUCAGAUUGAACACGCACACUCGAAUCUUAUAAUUUAAGAAGAAGAAGGUAGAGAUAUGUGUUUCUUAAUCUUGAUAUAGAUUAAAAUAUGUAUAAAUAAU